AUGGAGGAAGUUUUUAGUGGCAUUAAGUAUGCCUUUGACUACCUUUUCCGCUCGCGUGCUGCGCGUGGUCUGCCGGAUGAUAGAAAAUGCCGUGUAGCUUAUUGGCUCAUGGAUUACGUGCAGUGUGCCUUGUGUCAUUUUCGGAGCGAAGUGAAAACACGAUACCCUCACCGUGUUGAUAUCAUUGAUAUAGCUGAAAAGGUGGAGCGGUCCAUCAUUUAUGAACACGGAGGGAUGGAACCAAAAACAUUGCUCCGUACCUUGCGUGGAGAAACACCCCGUUCAAAACCUCUCACCCCUGAGGGCCUAAAAACGUGUGAUCAGAUUCUGGCUAGGUGGCAAGACCAUGAUGCUAUCAAAAAGGAGUUUUACUUCUUAAAGCUUGAUCGUAUUAUAGAAGAGGGAUUUAUGAAAGGCAGCUUUGUCGAUGACGACGAUGUGCUGCUUUCUACAUAUCUAUAUGAUACCGAGAAACACGCUUCACAAACAGCGAAUGGGAUGAAAAAAUGGCUACUUGCUAGACACGGAACCCUGGAAUUCUAG